GCGGUGGAGUGAGGGCGGUGGAGUUGGCAGCGGUGUCGGCUGUGCCGCCGUCGCUGCCUGGCACCCGGGGCGCGCCCUGCCUCUUUCUCUUUGGGUAGGCUCGAGGGUGCGCGCACGGUCAGCGUCCCAGGGCCUGGAAGUCCCGGCCCUCUACCCGACAAGCCUGGAUCUCUGGGUGUGAGUCCGCCGGGACCUAGCUGUAGCCAAGUGCUGGCGCCGGAGAAGCGGCGGCGCCUGAAGACUCACCCGAGGCGCGGCCCGACAGUCUCGCGGCCGCCUGGUCCUCCGCUUCCCAGCGGCGGAUAUUCUUUUAAAGAAUUAUUGAAGACGAAGUUUUUUAUUUUUGUUUUUAAUGGCUUUACAGAAUCUUAAAUAGAAUACAGUUUGACAUGACGACAAAAAAUGUUGGUUUGACUUCCACAAAUACAGAACUAAGAGGAUUUAUAGAUCAGAAUCUCAGUCCAACAAAAGGUAACAUUUCAUUUGUUGCAUUUCCAGUUUCCAGCACCAACUCACCAACAAAGAUUUUACCAAAAACCUUAGGACCAAUAAAUGUGAAUGUUGGACCCCAAAUGAUUAUAAGCACACCACAGAGACUCGCCAGUUCAGGAAGUGUUCUGAUCGGGAGCCCAUACACUCCUGCACCAGCAAUGGUCACUCAGACACACAUAGCAGAAGCAACUAGCUGGGUUCCUGGUGAUAGAAAACGGGCUAGAGAAUUUAUAGAAUCUGAUUUUUCAGAAAGUAAACGAAGCAAAAAAGGAGAUAAAAAUGGAAAAGGCUUGAGACAUUUUUCAAUGAAAGUGUGUGAAAAAGUUCAGCGGAAAGGUACAACAUCAUAUAAUGAAGUAGCUGAUGAACUGGUAUCAGAGUUCACCAAUUCAAAUAAUCAUUUGGCAGCUGAUUCGCAGGCUUAUGAUCAGAAGAACAUUAGGAGAAGAGUUUAUGAUGCUUUAAAUGUGCUAAUGGCAAUGAACAUAAUUUCAAAGGAAAAAAAAGAAAUCAAGUGGAUUGGUCUGCCUACCAAUUCUGCUCAGGAAUGUCAAAACCUGGAGAUAGAGAAGCAGAGACGGAUAGAACGGAUAAAGCAAAAGCGGGCCCAACUGCAAGAACUUCUCCUACAGCAAAUUGCUUUCAAAAACCUGGUACAGAGAAAUCGACAAAACGAACAGCAAAACCAGGGCCCCCCAGCGCUCAACUCCACCAUUCAGCUGCCGUUUAUAAUCAUCAAUACAAGCAGAAAGACGGUGAUAGAUUGCAGCAUCUCCAGUGACAAGUUUGAAUAUCUUUUUAAUUUUGACAACACCUUUGAGAUCCAUGAUGACAUAGAAGUACUGAAACGGAUGGGAAUGUCCUUUGGCCUGGAGUCAGGCAAAUGCUCUCUGGAGGACCUGAAACUGGCUAAAUCACUGGUGCCAAAGGCUUUAGAAAGUUACAUCACAGAUAUCUCCACAGGACCUUCUUGGUUAAAUCAAGGACUACUUUUGAACUCUGCCCAAUCAGCAUCAAAUUUAGACUUGACCACCGGUGCAACCUUACCCCAAUCAAGUGUAAACCAAGGGUUAUGCUUGGAUGCUGAAGUGGCCUUAGCAACCGGGCAGUUCCUUGCCCCAAACAGUCACCAGUCCAGCAGUGCGGCCUCUCACUGCUCUGAGUCCCGAGGCGAGACCCCCUGCUCGUUCAACGAUGAAGACGAGGAAGAUGAUGAGGAGGAUUCCUCCUCUCCAGAAUAAAGACAAGAGAAAAGUCACAUUUUAAUAUUUGAUGCUCAUGUGUGUUUUUAGUGUGAGGUCGUUUUUGAAAUGAUUGCUUCAGUCUUUGCCUUUGUUUGCACUGUGUGUUCAGUGGAAACCAGAGAAACACAAUAAGCAAAUUACAUGAAGGGCGAGGUGAUUGUUAACAUAGCAUGAAUGAAAACAGUGACCAGCAGAGCAGUAGAUCACAUCAAAAACAAAGUGUGUUUUCUGAGGAGGUAGAAGGGGCAUAACCCCCAAAGAAGUGGCAGCAUGAAUGAGGCUUAUUUAUCUUCCACGAGGUGGGAACUUUGUAUUCCUUACAGCCAUGUAACCUCGUUAGAACCGAGAUUGCUACAAGAAACAGUCCUCAGCAAUGGUCGUGUUUCUUCUGUCCCUCACCUGGGCUGCCUUUUACCAGGCAGAAAUAAACAAAAGCCCUCAUUUGGAGGCUGUGCGGUGAGGGGAAUAGAUUGCAAUCCUGAGGCUUGGGAGUGCAGAUUAACUGCUGAACUAUUUGGAAGUCUAGUUGAGGUACUUUAUGCAUCUGCUACCUUAGACAGCUUCAGAAAGGAGCAAGCGCUAACUCUUAAGUACUUAAGUGACAUUUAGAAUAAUUUAUAGUAAAACUGAUAUGAUCAUUUUUAGCCAAUGCAUUGGUGCAUAGAAUUUACUAGGGCUACUUAUGGAAGCCAAAAUAGAAAGCAUUUCCAUGUGCAUUAAAAUGUGCCAGCACUGCCUUUUGCCAGCAUUCUAAAUCUGGAGUUUUUACAGAGAAGCGAACUGUAUCUGUAGUUUUAAUCAAAGCUAUGCAUUUCAUACAGCUUUUUCAUUUACAGUGAAACAAAAAAGCAAAUUCCUAUGACCAAACCGCUUGCCUACAGCUCUCUGCAGUAAUUUUGUGAUUUUACCCAGUGUGCAAUUUGUGAAAAUGAACCAAAUGUCAUUACUUUUGUCUUGAAAGAAAAGUAUUUCAAGAAUAUGAACAGUAAUGUUUUCUUGUACAUGUUACCUUUUUUCCACAUUUUAAUUAAUCAAAAUGACCUUUUAGAUUUAUUCCUAGGUGAGCUGCAUUUGAAACUAACCCAAUUUUUGGUAUUUCUGUGGAAAACACUGAACACUCCAGUUGAUUGGACACAUAGUAGUUGGUAUGUAGUGUGCAAUUUUGUAGCCAAAGAUAUUGUUGGAAAUUACUUCACUGGGGUGUUCAUGAUCACUGCUUCUCUGCAUGAAGGACAGUGGGGCAUCUGCCACCAGGCCCAAUCCCCAACUUAAUUAUACAUUAAGGCCUUAAAAGGGAACAAAGACUCAGAGAAGAAUUAACUUUAAAACUUUGACUUGACCCAUAGGAUUUGUCCUGAGAUCAUGCAUUUAGCAUCUGUGGGCCCAGCCCCAAGUGUGGCCCACAGGUUCUUAGCUCACUGGCCCAGGAAGCCUUUCUAAAGCUCUCCCGCUGUGCUCCAGUGAGCUGCGGGUGAAGGCUUCAGCUGGCUUACAUUUUUAUUAGGACCUUAAGCAAACACUGACAAAGAAGAUCACACAACUUUAGCUUAGGCUCCUUUGAGACAGAGCUCUCUUUCUGGCAGAACUAAGCUGUAGCGUGUAGCAGGGAGAUAAUGGCAGGUUGUACAGAAUUCCAUCUGAGUUGAGUUCCGGAGCAUACCUCUCUCUCAGAUGGAAGCCGUCCAGAAUGCUGCAGAGGCAGCAGCAGGUGCCACCAGCCUGUAACAGCUAUUUCUGCCUGGGGUGACAUGGGCUGUCCUUCUACGUGGUCCUCUAAGGAUCUGCUGCCUUGUAUACCAGCCUCAUGCUCUCUCAUCUCUCUACCUGAAGGGAGGGAGCCUAGCAAGGAGCCAGAGAGGCCAAGGGCCACAGCUGCCUUUCUGGUCUUCAAAAUAUUAAACUACAUCUCCCAAGAUAGAUUUCAGAAUUUAAGACUGAUACAUACAUUAUGCCUGCUCCUUUUCUAAAUAUCAGAAUUUUUUUUUUUUUUGGUACCAGGAAUCAAACUCAGGACCUUGCGCUUUCGAGGCAGGCACGGUGCCACUGAACUAAAUCCCCAGCCCCUAAAUAUCAGAAUUCUUGCUCGAGUUUUUGGGAAGCUGUUUCCUUGUAUCUUCCCUCUGUUGCUAUAGUGCUUUAAAUUGAUAAAAUAUGGGCUUUUUAAAAAAAAUACAACCCAAAACUGGUCCAUCUUGGUUCCCAACCACUGCCCUCCCAACCAUUGGUGUGUGGCGUUGGCAAGAAUGUCCCUGUUUCUCAAUGAUGCCUUUGGGUCACUGCUGAGAACAUCUCACUCAGUGACACUAUGGUCACUGCCUCCUGUUGCUAGUUUCAAACCUUACCUGGAAGCACCUAGGUUGAGAUGUUGGGAAAGGUAAAUUCUGUUCUUUUGUAUCUCCGAUAAACAAACCCA